AUGGCAGGCGGCUGGGCAGAUUUAUCGAUGGAUCUCCUUGCUAUGAUUGCAAAUCGUAUUGAAUCGCCUAAAGAUUUCAUAUUCUUUACUUGUGUUUGUACCUCUUGGCAAAUUGCUACUACCCCUGAACAUAAAUUUGAUAUCUUCUUUACCAAAACUCCGUUACUUAUGUUGGCUGACAAACAUGAUGAUUGCCGAGAAUUUUACUCUCUUAUCAAGCAGAAAGUUACUCCCCUGUUCCUCCCGGAAGCUAGACAACGACACUGUUGUCCAUCGCAAGGAUGGCUCUGCACCAUUGAUGAUACUACCGGAGAGAUGAACUUGUUGCAUCAUUUGUCUCGUACCCAAAUUCAACUUCCUUCACGAGAUAACUUAAUGGCUUCUAAUGGUCUCGGAGAUGAAGUGUUCUGGAACCUUCUAGAGCAUGCUAUAUUAUCUGCAAGUCCUUGUGUUACCUCAGAUUAUGUACUCGUGGUUAACUAUCACGCAAAUAUUACUCGCUUGGCUUUCUGGAGACCAGGAGAUCUCAGUUGGACAAAUAUUGAGAUGGAGAAUUCGGGUGCUGUCAUGGGUAUCAAUUAUUAUAAGGGUAAAUUCUAUUAUGUUACAGCUAGUGGUGAAUUUUGGGUUUUCCAAGUUCCAGGGCCUGCUACUCCCAAACCAAAUGCAGUAGAGCCACACUUGCUUUAUUGGUCCGAACAUGACAUAUUUCUGCAGCCUUCAGUUCAAUAUUACCUGGUCCAGCUAUCAGAUAAACUAUUAUUUAUUACCCGAUUUGCUCAUCAUCCAGAGCUUCAUAGAUAUAAGACAUAUAAAUUUAAAGUUUUUGAAAUAGAUGUAGUCAAAGGGCGGCGAAUUAAAAGAGGAAGAUGA